CAUUUACUAAUUUACUUACACGUCCCUGGAGUUUUUCUCUAAUCAUUGCACGAGAUUAACUUUAGUUAAUUUAUUUCAAUUCUGCUUUUUGUUAAAUUAAGCACAUUACUAAAAUGUCAACAAGAACUAACACAAUUGAACGCAACAGCAAUGGUAGCCCAAAGUCGUUAAAUCUUUCAGAGAUCUGCUCAAGGGCGUUGAAAGCGAAUUCCGAAUGGCCAGACAAGGAUGAAUUUUUAGAUGUUAUAUACUGGGCGAGGCAGAUUUUUGGCAUUCUGUUAGGCAUAGUUUGGGGCAUUGUGCCAUUAAAGGGCUUCCUGGGAUUAGUACUAUUCGCUGGUAUUAGUUGUGGUAUUGUGUACAUUUAUUCCAUAAAUUUCCAAGGUAUUGAUGAAGAGGCUUACGGAGGCGCUUGGGAGCUGGUUAAAGAAGGUUUUAUGACGUCAUUUGCGGGUUUUCUUGUGACGUGGAUAAUUUUCUAUACUGGGCUGCAUUAUGAUACUAUAAUGGCUGAGAAGGAGCUGUCAUAAAGUAGUUGCCAAGGUUUAAGGAUUGCAGAUUUAUUUUAAACCAAAACACCACAGACUUAAGCACAUCAACAAAAUAUCUACCGAAAAUAUCAAUUAAAAUUUUAUUCCAUUAUCAAUGCAAUAUGUUAAAAGCCAGUGGUCCCUGGGCGAAAUAGUUUAGCAAAUGUCAAAAGUGUCUGAUUUGUAACCAACUAUCUAAGCAGUUCCUUACAGUUAAAUGUAUAGCUUUCGACCAUCAUAAUUUUAAAACUAUUAGUUAAUACAAUUAGAAAAUUUGUGACAAACGUAAUUAAUUAUACACUGAGAUUCGUUCCUCACAUGUUUCUGCAUUUCUCAGCAUUUUGUCUUUAGAUGUGCUGCAUAAAUGUACUACUAUCGUACGUGUUUAAAUUUUUCUAUGAAAAAAUAAACGUUUAAAUGCCGUUAGUUCUUAAAACUU